AUGACCCCCAUGGCAUCCGGCAUCUCCCCCGUGGAGCCAUCCAAGUCGCAAUCCAAGCACAUCGCCAACCCAAGACGCCUACUCAUUCUCACCCCAACAUCCCAAUCGCUCUCAAUAAUCCCUCCUCUCCUCCACUCUCUCACCGGUGUACCAGUCAUCGACCCCCCACAACACGAUUCCACCUCAGAAUCCCCAUCGCAAACCCCGCCCCAACCCUCUGAUAAUACAUCCACACCCACCACUACAACUACAACCUCUUUCGCCGGAUAUACAACCCACAGUCCACUCCGCCUAGAUACGAAAUAUUACUCCGCAGAGAUCCCGCUAUGGGUCGACGAGAUACCCCUCACAACUGAGACCCCCGCACCCGCGGCAGCAGAUCCUACGAAUACAUCCGAACCAGGCCAAUGGCGCACCGAAUUCCUCAGUGAAGAAGCCGAGAUUGUCCGCGACGCCGUCGGCGCUCUGGUCGUCUGCGUACGCAGUCCAGAGCUUAAACAGGCCACCCCGUCUACCGCGGACGCAGACACAGACCCCGCGAGUCGCGCAGAUGUCCGCGCGGUACUAGAUUUAAUGCGCGACGUUGGCGCUGUGAAGAGCUGUAUUGAUGAGGAGCGGGGCGGGAAUGGAGAUGUAGUUGGUGUGUUUGUUUUGGUGGGGAGUCGGAGUUCAGCUGCGCCGAAGAGUUCUGCGCCGGAUGAGGAGAGGGCGUUGGAGUUGGGGGUUGAUGAUGUGGAUUUGGGGGAUGGUGCUGCGGAUACGCCGUUCUCGGUGGGUUGGUGGGAGGAUCAGUUGUUUGAUUUGGAUCUUUUUGGAUGGGAGGUUGUUGAGUGGGAUCCUGCCGAGCAGGGUGUUGAGAAGACGAGGAAUAAGUUUGGAGAGUAUGAAGGUAUGCCGCGCAUCAAGGAAGUACUGGAGACGCAUGACUGGAGUACAUCCGGAGGUGCAGACGAUCUCAACGAUGCAGAUCUCGACUUCGCUGAUGAUCUCGAGGAAGAACUUCUCGGAUUCGGGAGAUCAUCGCAUACCAGUGGCUUCGGUCAUGAGGUCCAAGAAUUGGAGCGUGAGAUGAUGGGUCUAAGGAUGGCCAUUGAGCGUGGUGGCGGUGAUGGCGAUGAAGGUGAUAUUGAUGGUGAUGAUGCGGAUGGGGAGCUUAAGGUCGAGUCGAUUGAGACUCUUAUGAUGCGGAUGCAGGCUAUUCGAGAUAUGGGAUCGGAACUGCCUGAAGGUGAACGGAGGAAGUUUGCUGCAAAGGCUGUAUCAGAUAUUAUGCGAGAACUAUAG